GACUUGGAUUUGGGCCCCAAGUCCAUCAACCACUCUUCUCCUCCGCCGAUACCUCCAUCGCCGAAGCCAGGCUUGGAGCUGAGAAAUUGAUGAUAUGCAGUCUACUUUGAGGGUGCCACUUUGAUAUGUAUAAAAAUCUUGGUAAACAUCGGCUGUUAUAUCGUGCUCGCAUUUCAAACUACGUGAAAACUGGUCUAUUUGAUAAAGCCCUCCAAACGUUCGACGAAAUGGCCCAGUCAAGUUGCAGGGUGUUUAGUAUAGAUUACAACAGAUUGAUUGGGGUAUUGGUUCGCCAAUCCCGCUUCGAUUUAGCGGAACACUAUUACAAUGCAAUGGUCCCACAAGGGUUUUCUUUAAGCUCAUUCACAUAUUCAAGAUUCAUUUCCGGUUUGUGUAAAAUUAGGAACUUUGAGCUUAUUCAGAAGCUUUUACAAGACAUGGAUAGAAUUGGGGUGGUCCCUGAUAUGUGGGCUUGUAAUAUAUAUUUGAAUCUUUUGUGUUCUGAGAAUUUAGUGGACAUCGCUAUUGAGGUACUGCAAAUUAUGGUUGAGAAGGGAAGAGAGCCUGAUGUGGUGAGCUACACAAUAGUUAUAAGUGGGUUGUGUAGAAUCAGACGAUAUGACGCUGCUGUUGAACUUUGGCAUACUAUGAUUAGGAAAGGUUUCAGUCCAGAUGAUAAAGCCUGCAGGGCACUUGUUCUGGGUCUGUGUGAUGGUGGGAAGGUUGAUUUGGCGUAUGAGCUUACACUGGGUGCAAUGAAGGACCAAAUUAAGUUUAGCACAACAAUUUAUAAUGUUCUCAUUAGUGGGUUUUGUCGAGCCGGUCGAAUUGACAAGGCUCAAGCAAUUAAGAUGUUUAUGAGGAGGAAUGGGUGUGAGCCUGAUUUAGUUACGUACAAUGUGUUGUUGAAUUAUUGUUGCAAUGAGCUUAUGUUGGAGGAGACAGAAAAGUUAAUGCGGAAGAUGGAGCGGAGUGGAAUGGAACCUGAUGGUUAUAGCUACAACCAACUUCUUAAGGGUCUUUGUAAAGCUAACAGGGUAGAUAAGGCUUACAUGUUGAUGAUGAACAAGAUGCAGGCCAAAGGGCUGGUCGAUGUUGUAUCAUAUAACAGUAUUCUUAGAGCACUUUGCAAGGCUUGCCACACCAGAAGGGCUUAUAAGCUAUUUGAGGAGAUGGGCCGAAAGGGAAUUGUCCCUGAUGUGGUCACUUUCACGAUUCUUAUAAAAGCUUUUCUUAGAGAAGGCAAUUCCAAUUUAGCCAAAAACCUUCUCAACCAGAUGACAGGGAUGGGUAUAUUUCCAGACCGUGUAAUGUAUACUAUGAUUGUCGAUCACCUGUGUAAGACUGGGAAGAUCGAGAUGGCUCAUGGUGUUUUUCUUGAUAUGGUCAAGCAGGGAAUCACCCCUGAUGUAGUGUCAUAUAAUGCUCUUAUUAAUGGAUUUUGCAAGGCUUCUAGUGUAAGUGAAGCCAUGCAUAUGUAUGAGGAUAUGUGCUCUAAAGGAUCGUAUCCUGAUGAGGUAACAUUUAGAUUGAUCAUCGGGGGGCUUGUUCGGGAAAAUAAGCUUCAAAUGGCUUGUACAGUUUGGGAUCAGAUGAUGGAGAAGGGCUUUACUCUUGAUAGAGAUGUUUCUGAGACUAUUAUCAAUGCCAUCCAUUCAAAAGGUGCAGCAAUGAAUGUCAGAAAUGUUCUUUAAUUUAUGCAAUGGCCUAACCAGUAGAUGAGGUUGAAACUUAGUUCCACUGAUAUUGCUUGGUUUUCUAUAUCCUACGGCAAAGUCCAAUCAGGAUGUGUUCAUUGACUACAAGCACAUACCAUUUGGAAGUUUACCUUGUUGAGCUGCCUGGAAAAUUGCAGAAAAAGGCAACCAGGCAUGCAUUACAGUCUCCUCAGCUUGUUUCAGACAAAUCCAGGACACAUGUUGGUCUUACUUAGAUGGAAGUUGGGAGGAGAACAACUCAUGAUGAAUCCAAGCUUAAGAUCCACAUGCAGUGAGCUUGCAGAAGAAAGAAACAGAAAAGGAAAUGGAGUAGGACUGCAACUUGAUCAGCUGUCGUCGAUAUUAACAUUGGAGAUAAUUCCAAGUACUGAUGAGUUUUGAGGACUGAAUAUAUAUAUAUAUAUACACAACAAUAGUGACUAUUUCCUAAAGCAGAAGCUACAACUAUUCUGGAAUAACAUGAAGACUAAUGAGUUGGUUGCAGAGCAAACUCUUGGUAGGAACCUUUAUCAUAAUCAUUUUCUAUUAGUACACGGGUGACUUCAAGGAGUUAAAGCUACAUAUAGCUGAUGAUUCUGAUUUGCAGAUUUGAUUGUCUGUCAGUGAAUUGAAACUGCUAGUAUAAGCUCAAAUCAAUAAAGCAUUCUACACAUUAGUCCCCUUUGCUUCCUUUUUCUUCCUUACAAUUUUGUUAGCCAAAUUGUGGAAAUGGGUUCUUUUAGUGUUGGUAAAUCUGUUGUGGUGCCUGUGGGCUCUUUUUUUUUUGUACGUGAGAGGUCUGCCUCUCUUGUUUUGGCUUUGUUUGCUAGUUAAUAAAAUGUUGCUUUGGAAAAACAAAAUUAAUGGAGUGUUUUUCUUACCGCUCUUGUUUC